AUGAAUUGCUUCAAACUGAAUUUUGAUGGGGCUUCUUUUCCGGAGUUGGGUAAGGCUGGACUGGGAGUGGCCAUCCAUGAUAGCCAAGGGAACAUGAUUUCUUCACUGUUGGAACAAGCGCCGCUACCAUUCUCCGCAGAUAUCGUGGAAGCCAUGGCAGCUGCAAGGGCUUUGGUUUUUGCUCAAGAACUGGGUAUAGCUGAAUUCGUUCUUGAAGGAGAUUCAGAAGUGGUGAUCAACUCCCUUCGCAGUAGUGAAACCUCUUUCUCUUCAUUUGGACAUCUACUGGAAUCAGCUAAGUCCAUGCUUGUGUCAAGUAAGUGCAUAAACUUCUCCCAUGUACGUAGAAGCGGUAAUAAAAUAGCCCAUAACCUAGCUAGACAUGCAAGAAAUGUCAGAGGUUUGUCAGUGUGGAUGGAGGAUGUUCCACCACACUUAAUUGAUGUACUCUUCACCGAUCCUGACUGA